AAAAACUAGAAUCGGUUGUUUGCGGUGGUAGAAAAAAGGCGACUGGAAUCAGACAGCUAUUUCGCGGAUUCGACUUCAUUCUACAAAUCGGCUACGACUGCCAGCAGCGGUGUAUUAGAAUCAAGACAAUUUACAGCCAGAAACUUGAGUUUUAUUUUGGGAUUUAGAAUUAAAAUAAUAUGUUAAGUCCUAAUAUGACUUCCCCUGCACUUCCUGGAUUUGUUAAAAAGCAAAGCCCUCAACAACCUUGUCACGUCAUCCAAAGUCGCCCCAACUUUCACACCCCACAACGAGUUUACCAACCAUGGUUGAUGGAUGCGGAAUCCACUCUACACCCCCACCCAGCCAUCGCCCCCCACCCCACACCACGCUGUAUGAUAACUGCUACAGGGUCAGUUUGCAACCGAAUGAUGGACCUUCCCCCCACCCCACCAUCCACUGACGCCUUCCAUCCUUACCAACAACAAUUCUACCGCGGAAAUAUUCCAGAAGCAUCUUCUAUUACGUCACAAUCAUGUGGCUACAGACAUGACGUCACUCCCCCAGUAUCCCACGUCACCGCUGACGUCACAAUGCGUUGUUUCAACGCGCGAUUUUACCAGCAACUCUCCCCACCCCUUGAACCUGACAGUUGGUGGAGAAGUCAACGACAAUAUGCAGCAAGCAACGAACGACUUGCCACCCACAACCCACUAGCCUCACGUAGUAUUGUCCCUCAUAUGUUGCCAAACCAAACCGCACCGACAUACGAUCCAUUUAUUCCCGGCUUAUGCGCUCGCUCAGCACACAGGGCAGCUUUGUUAGCCAUCGGCGACCAUUUUGCUUCGUCCAGCGUCACACGAAGAUGCGCGAGAUGUAGAUGUCCGAACUGUGUCGCACCAAACGACUUAAGGAACGCUAACGGAAAGAAGGAACACAUUUGUCACUUUCCAAACUGUGGGAAAGUUUAUGGAAAAACGUCGCAUUUAAAGGCUCAUAUAAGAUGGCAUCUUGGUGAAAGGCCUUUCGUUUGUCAUUGGAUGUUUUGCGGAAAAAGUUUUACAAGAAGCGAUGAGUUACAGCGCCACCUAAGGACGCAUACAGGAGAGAAAAAGUUCCGUUGUACGAUUUGUGAAAAACGUUUCAUGCGAUCAGAUCAUUUAUCCAAACACGUUAAAAUUCAUCAGAAAAAAUCUAACAUCGAAAAAACUGCUAAAACGACCGAAAUUUCCCAAACGAAAUCACCGGUUAAAAAAACCGAUGACGUCAAAGAAGACGCGUACUUCGCUACCUAGUGUUCCUCUUUCACUGUGAUUUUUAACAUGUCGUUUUUUUAGAUUAGUUCUCUUUAUGCUGUGUUCAUACACUGUUUGUUCCGUAUUUUUGCUUUGAAACCAAAUAAACACACAAUGUCAUAUACCA